AUGUAUAUUAUUGGACCCAUAGAGCCUCUCGCAUCAAAUGGACAUCGUUUCAUUCUGGUGGCUAUUGAUUAUUUCACAAAAUGGGUCGAAGCUUCGACAUACAAGGCAGUGACUAAGAAGGUAGUGGCAGACUUUGUUCGCAACAACAUAGUUUGUCGGUUUGGAAUUCCAGAAUCAAUUAUAACAUAUAGUGCAGCCAACCUCAACAACGAUCUUAUGAAGGAAACUUGUGAAAGGUUCAAGAUUACUCAUCAAAAUUCCACGAUUUACCGGCCACAGAUGAAUGGAGCAGUUGAGGCUGCAAAUAAGAAUAUCAAGAAGAUUUUAAGGAAAAUAGUGGACAGUCACAGACAAUGGCAUGAGAAGCUACCAUAUGCUUUACUCAGUUAUCGCACCACAAUCAGAACAUUAACUGGGGCAACUCCUUAUAUGUUGGUUUAUGGUUCGGAGGCAGUAAUACAUGCCGAGGUGGAAAUACCAUCUGUAAGGAUUAUCCAAGAGGUUGGUCUGGAUGAUGCAGAAUGGAUACGUAGCAGACAUGAACAAUUGAUGCUCAUUGAUGAAAAGAGGAUGGACGCAAUUUUUCAUGGUCAACUCUAUCACAACAUAAUGACCAAAGCAUUUAACAAGAAAGUUAAACCUCGACAGUUCACACCGGGGCAGUUAGUAUUGAAGAGGAUAUCUCCUCACCAAGAAGAAGCCAAAGGGAAGUUUGCACCAAAUUGGCAAGGACCCUACAUGGUUCAUAUAAUACUCUGUGGAGGAGCAAUAAUCUUAGCAGAAAUGGAUGGCAGAGACAACGCAUUACAACAAGGAACUCCCUCGAAGCAGCAAGUUAGGGCAAAAAUCACGCUUCUUCCUCAGACCCCUACGCUAGCUACGUCUUCUCCACAGUCGCCUCAGGCUCCUCUCCCAUCACCGCCCAUUGCUACCCCACUUGCUCUCCCAUCUUCUCCAUCAGAAAAAAGGGGUCUGGGCCACCGGAAAAAUGCCCCAUCAAUCACUCACCCUCUCAAAUCGACCUUUUACCUGAAAAGGUCGAUUCUUGAGAGAUUUCGUCGUCCCCUUCAUGAUUUCUUUUCUGUUUCCUCUGAGAUUUGCGUUUCCAAGAAUUCAAAAUAUGAAUUCUUGGAUCCCAAAUUGGCUAUAGAAUAG